CCGUGCUUGAUCAAAUAUUAAAAACGUUUGGUGCAUAAAACAGUAUUUAAAUAAACCAAAUCAACCGACCAAAUACGUAAAUCUCGUAGCAUAAAACUAUGCUUCCGAUUACUUUAUCGACGGCUCAGAAACCGUUAAUAUUUUUACUAGUAGUUGGGCUAUUACAGUAUGAAAUCGAGUGCAGAUCGUCAUCGUUGGAUGUAGCAAAUCCUGAAACUUGGAAGACGUUAGCAGAUGAGAGAUUUAAUAAAUUUGAACAAACACUACCUUACUUAUUACUCAAACGACCAAAAAAUAUCAUCCUAUUUAUUGGUGAUGGUAUGAGCUUGAAUACAGUUACUGGAGCAAGAUAUUUGAAAUCGGAGCAAAUGAAUCUUCUGGGUGGUGAUGUACAAUUAGUAUGGGAGAACUGGCCUGUUGUAUCACUUGUGCGCACAUUCAAUUCAGACAGGCUAACAACAGAUUCGGGUUCUUCAGCCACUGCCUUUCUUUCAGGUGUGAAAGGGCCACAGGAUACCGUUGGUAUCACAGGGACAGUAAAGUGCUGUGAAUGCACUCAGUUAACAGAGUUAGAAAGGGCGAAGUCUUCUAUCCUGCAUGCAUCGAAAGCAGGAUUAUCCACUGGGAUAGUUACAACUACAAGAGUUACUCAUGCAACACCCGCAGCAGCAUAUGCAAAUAUAUUACAUCGAGAUUGGGAGUCGAAAGGACCAUCAAGCAAGCAGGGAUUCCACUGCACAGACGCUGCUGCACAACUACUCACUAACGCAUCCGACGUCAACGUCAUAAUGGGAGGAGGCGCGACCGAAUUCUAUGGUCCGUCGGCAAACAACACAUCCGACAACAAUGGGAAACGUUCAGAUUCACGCAACCUCCUACAUGAAUGGCAAGAGAUGCAGACCAGAAUGAAUCGCAAACAUGUUCUCUUGCGUACAAAUGACGAGUUUAAACAAACCGACUGGUCUUCAGUUGACUACGUUCUGGGUUUGUUCGCUCCGAGCCAUUUGGCUUAUCGAAUUCAAGGUCAAGACCAGCCAAGUUUAGCAGAUAUGACUGAAGCUGCUAUCAGAAUACUAUCGCGUAAUCCCAAAGGAUUCCUUUUGUUAGUGGAAGGGGGUAGAAUUGAUCAUGGCCAUCACGAAAGUCGAGCCAAAUAUGCAUUAACUGAAACAUUGGAGUUCGAAAAAGCGAUCGAAAAAGCAUUGUCACUUGUUGAUGUAAAAGAGACUUUACUAAUCGUAACAGCAGAUCACUCUCAUGCUUAUGGUGUGGUUGGUUAUCCGUCGAGAAACACAAGUGUAUUCGAUGUGGAUGACACUGAUAAAGGAAACGAUAAUAAAUCGUAUCUCAUAUCCUCCUAUUUCAAUGGACCGAGAGGUCUAUUGGAUGCGCCUCGAUCAGAUCCGGCAACAGAAGACAGAUUCGCAGACAACUACACAGCAGAAUCAUUGGUGAGAUUCAAGUAUGCUACACACAGUGCUGAGGAUGUGCCAAUUUACGUUAUCGGACCUUUCAGUGAACUAUUUCAUUCUUCGUUGGAUAAUACGUUUAUUGCUCACGCAACCAUGUACUCACUUUGUGUCGGACCUUAUGCGAAUAAGUCACACUGUGAUAGUAAAAACAGUGGAUCGCAACUCAGAGGACUUCAUCUGAAUAAUGUUUAUUAUUUAUUAUUGCUCAGUGUUAUUCUGUAUAGUUUUAUCAAUUAGCGCAUAUUUCGUGACAUUCUGUCCAAAUGAUUUAUUUCAUGUUUUGAUGUAAGCAUGUUUUCUAUUUGUAAUCCAUAUCACACCUGAUUGAAUCCCAAUUUUUUCAGUGAUUGAUGCAUAUACAAACAUGUAUUUUUAAUAUAAUGCAGUAGUUAAAUAUGAUCUAAUUAUCAAGUUUA